CUCUGGCGCGCCGUCCCGUUAUCCGCCACUUCAGAAGUCUGGUCGAGCAAGAAGUAAAAGAAAAGGCAGCCAGAAGACCAAGUGGACGUCAGAAGAGCCUUUCUACUCUCUAUCUCAUGUUUGCGGAAGAUGUUUUUGGUCCAGAAGUGGUGGAUUUUAGUCGUUUAUGUGUCAGGUUUCCUCCCUCACAGCAGCUCAGGAGUUCACGUGUUUGUCAGAGAUGAGAAGAGGUAUGCGGUGCUGUUCCAGUCAGUGGUGCUGCCGUGCCAGUACAACAGCGUAUCCACGCAGACUCCAGUGGUGCAGUGGGUCUUCAAGUCUUACUGCCGGGACCGAACACGGGACUCGUUCAGUUUCCACGAGAGCCUGAACGGAGGCUCGACUGGAGGAGGCCUGACAGGGAUUACAGGUGGAGUCGGCGGCGGAUACGAGUCUGGGAUGACAGCGAGUUACCUGGAUUGUUCGGACAACAGUCGCACGGUCCGAACGGUGGCAUCCAUCACUGGCGCCUCCGUCACACUGUCAGAGUACUACAAAUCCAGAGACAUUUCCAUCAUCAACAAAGCAGACCUGCGUAUUGGAGAAGUCCAUUGGGGAGACAGUGGCGUUUACUUCUGUAAAGUGGUUAUAUCUGAUGAUCUUGAGGGGCAAAACGAGGCCUCAGUGGAGCUGCUGGUUCUGGGUUUCUCAGGGGAGCCUGAAGAUCUGCUGCCUGGCUUUGAUUUGAAGAUUAUGCCAGAGUGGGUGUUUGUGGCAGCGGUGGCUCUGGGCAGUGUGUUGUUCCUGCUGCUUGUUGGUGUGUGUUGGUGUCAGUGUUGCCCUCACUCCUGCUGCUGCUAUGUCAGCUGCUGCUGCUGUCCCGACACAUGCUGCUGCCCCAGACAUUUGUAUGAGGCAGGCAAGGGGAUAAAAACAGGCACGUCCACGCCACAAUCUCCCGCCUACCCACCGUACUUCAUCUCUGGUGUCCCAACGAUGCUUCCUAUUGCUCCACCUUCGCUGGUUGACAAAAUGACUCCUGUUCCAGCUUCCGAUGGAAGCCUCCUCACCACAGUACCGAUGCAUGCUGUGGGUCUUCCCUACCGUGUGCCCUCCUCUCAGGAUCAGAACUCUCUCAGGGUUCUAGAGUAUGUAGAGAAACAGCUGGCCCACUUCAACCCUGCUAGGUCCAACAGCCACCAGUCGUGCAGUCAGUCUGAGCUGAGCUCACUCCAUGAGGGCGAAACAGGAUUCCGUCAGACGUUCAGGACUGUGCAGAAGCAGGCUCUUCCCCCGAUUGUUGACCAGGAGCCAGAGCCAACGGCCCAUUGUGAAAACCGCAACCCAGAGCUGCAGCGUCAUGUUGGGAACCCUCCCUCGCCACAGCGGUACCGCGAUAAGGCCGAGUCAGACCCCCGUCACUACCAAGAGGAACCCCUCUCUCCACGGAGAUACAGUGAUGAUCCUCCUGCUUCCUCUCCUUCACGACGGCGAUGCCACCCUCAGCGCCAGCCCAAUCACAGAGAAGAACACCACAGGUGGAAUCCUCGAUCUGAGCAUCUGCAGAGAAAAACGUUCCACCCCGACAGAACAGGCUCGCUGGAUGAGCUGGAGGAGUUUGCGACGUCCUACAAGUACAGAGGAGGAAGGGAAGCUGCCAGAAGAGAAGGUGAAGAGCUUCGGGAGUUCAGCCGAUAUCCGUCUCACAGAAACGGGGCACCCCGGCAUUUUUGCUGUGAUCAAGUGGAUUUCGUGGACAGCAUUGAUCUUGAAUAUCAUCAGAGAAGAAGCAAGAGAACAGAACCUGACAUCAGUCCACUGGCGUCCCCCAAGAAGAAGAAGAGCGUCCGGGACACUCCUCCUCCUCCGCCCAGAGUGAGCCCUCCAUCGUCCUCUUCCCAGGAGAGGGACUAUGAUGGCACCUUCCUCAACAGCCUGCUGGAGAGAAAGGCCAAGUUACGAGGUGUCAGCCAGGGGCGGGUGGCCGAGGACUCUGACUCACCCUCAAAAGAAAGCUGGAGAUAUAGCAGCCAGGUUUGCAGCCGCUUACCUAACAACAGGCCUGAGAUUGAGUCGCUGCCCGCCUAUUCAGACACUGAACGAAGGAUGACGGACAGGUUGUCUCCACGUCAACAAGAAUACAGUCACUCUUCUCAACAAACUCAUCUUCCUCCGAGUCGCAGAGACGAGACCCGAGACAAAUCGAGAAAAAUGCAGAACACCCUUCUCAGUCGGGACUCGCUCAUUGUGUGAAACACAUAAUGUUGCUGGACAGUCAAUCUGAUCUGAUGCAGGAUUUACCAUGGACUGGAAACAAGUGGGGAUAUAAACAACAUCAGCAGAACAAUCGAUGACACACACUUGAAUGAUGAGCAGAUCUGCAGGACGUCUUCCUUGCUGUGGCGCUAAAUGAUGACCUCAGCUGAUGUAUGUGAGUGAGCUGAAUACUGGGGCUAAUACGAGUGGAUGGAGGACUUGUACGAUCACUCAGCGGGACUGUGGAACAAUAGAGCUUCUUUGACUCUGGAUGAGGCAGCAGGUACGAUUCAUGACGACACUGUUGUUUGUGAGGGACAUACUGGAUGGAAUGGAUGAAAAAUGUAUCACCAUGUGCCACAAACAAAAGGGGACAUGGUUUUGCCAAAUGGUGAUCUUGAAUAUUUUCUGUAUACUCUGUUGUUGAUGUGAGCAUUUCCGUUAGCGAUAAGUUAAUUAACUUCAUAGUUGAUGAGCGGGUAAACAGAAUAUUGUGUCUAAAUGCACUUAAUACACCUACUUGUUGCAAUGGAUUUGAUUGGAACGGAUUGCACACAUUCUAGUAGUGAGUUACGACGCAUGCCGCGAGUGCGACAAAGAGGAUGAGAUGUGUUUAACACAACAGUAUUUUUACUAAUGCUAUUUCCUCAUCACAUUUAGAUGUCAAAAUAUUCCAUUUUGUGUGUGUUCACUCAUGAAUCCAGUGAGGACGUAAAAUGUCACAAAGCCAUAUCUCAGUAUUUUCAAGAGUGCAGUAUUUUCCCUCUCCAAUCAACGUCCUCCAACUGCUGCGCCUGUGAGCAGCAGAAAAAUCCAAGCACUUCUGUGAUGUAUGCCUGUAUAUUGUCAUGGCAGCAACACAAAUAACAUGCAAAUAGAUCCACGGAUCACUUUCCAGUCAAGGAUUUUAAAGAGAGUUUGGCUUUAAAUAUUUAUUGCCAUUUGCAGUUGUUGACAAGCGAUUGCAUCGACAAAUUCACCAAUAAAUGAAUUAAAAUGAAAUGGAACAGAGACAUAAUCCCGCACAUUAUGCAUUUUCUACAUUUAUACCUGUGGAAAUGAGCCCAUAAACCAAUGCAAAGGGAAUUCCACUUUGACCAAGGGCACUUGGACAUAUACUGCAACUUGUUUCCAUCUUUUUUGGAAAAUGUCCAUUUUUAACUGAAGCUGUGCAGUUAGUUUUUCCAUGCAGUACGCUUCUUUUGUUUUCAAUUUGAUGCUGAUCCGGGUUUUAUCCAAUUUAAAGUGAUAUCUUUGUUCCUUUCUAAACAAGUUUUCCGAUGUCAACUUCAAUAUGAAUAGUAAUGGUUCCAAUGCUUCCAGUCAAACUGCUCCCAACCUCACUGUGACAUCCUGUGAACACAUACAGUAUUCCCAUGCUUCAUCUUCAAUUAUGAUAUUAAGUUCAAGUUCCCACAAAGCAUCAAAGUUUUUAUUCAUUUUCUGAAGAAAAUGUAGCAGUGUGUUGUUUCCAAUCUUUUUAUUUCAUACCAAAAGAAAAGCAGUGAUAGGAUUAGGGUUUGGGUACCUUUUAAAAAUUGUUUUUGAGGCCAAAUGUUUUUUUUUAAUUUUCUAUGUGUACUCUGAUCUGUAAAUAAUUUACUGUCUUAAUAAUAUUUCAUUAUGAAUCCAUGCUGAGACAACAGUUACUGGUCUGCAGCUUUUCUGUGGAUGGAAGCACUUAGAUACGCGAAAUAGAGUUUCAGCGCACGUACAACAAAGAGUGUGUGUGUGUGAGACAGAGACAGCGAGAGAUAGUGACAAAGUGUCAAAGUGGGGUGAGUCAUGUCUUUGUCUAUUGUAAUUACACACUGUCCGUCUUCACCACACGUCUGUGUCACUCACACACUGCGUGAACAUCACAACAUUGUGGGAUACUCGGGUUAACAGGCAAGAAGCCAUGUGUAUGAUUAAAAAUCACGAAUAUAAAAUAUUGAAAUGUUUUGUUCUUAACUCUUUUUGUUAUUAAAAAAUGUUUUUGAAAUGAA